GCCCCCUCUUGUCUCUCAAGUCUUAAUACGCCGGAUUUCCUCCGCCUCUGCGAUUCCCGUCAGCAAUCCCUCCACCGUCCUUCACCGCAUCAGCUCACCCGCCGCCGCCGCCGUCAUUUUCAUCUCUCAACCACAGCACGUUGCAGCUCGCCCCACUUGGUUCCUAAAUAAGAUUAGUUAGUUUAAAAUCCUCCAUUUCCAGCAGAGCUCUUGAUGGAUCCGCUGACCCAAAAUACUUCGUUACAACGACUUCAAAAUGUGGAGAAGAGAAUUGUGAGGGUCUUGGAGCUAGCAGGGGGAGUUAUGGAAGAGCUUGCCAACCCUGCUGGUCCAAGAAAGGAAUUUGUUAACAAUCAUUGCAGUGAGUUCAUGCAAUUCAUCAAGGAUAUCCAAGUUACGUUGCGGGAUGAAAUCAAAAGUGCAUGUGAAUACCGUCCAUUCGAGAAGUGUGAUUAUAGUUCAAGGAUAACCAAUGAACUUUGCUGCAAGAAACUAGAAUACAUGAUCUCAAAGUUGGAUGGAAUGAAACAAACUAUAGAUGAAUAUCAAGUGAAAGUGGAAGAUGCUUGAGGCACUUGGAUGAAUAAGGAUAGGAAAUUGAUAAAUCGUGUAACUUGGGGAAGGGAUGGCUAGACUAUCUUUUUUUUUUUUUUUCCUUCUUCUUAUAGUGAUCUGUGGUAUACUCUGUAUUUUCUAUAAGUUGUCUUAUUGGACGUAUUGGUUCUCUCCAUCUGUUUAGAUCGGGUGCCCGAGUCACCUGGUACUCGUUAUUGAUUUUGAUCUUCAAAUUAUUGAUUAUAAUUUAUAUCUACCUUCUAGUUACGGUUUGGAA